AUGCCAUUCCUCGAAAGUCCACUGCAGCCGCUCAAGCAACCUGUUUAUUUAAACACUGAUGAAGUAAUUGUGUGGUAUCUUCCCUUCAAUUUGAAGCUUCAAAUGACUUUCUCUGCAGAAACAGAAAGUCCUCUGCUACCUGUAUGGAGUUAUCGGUGUGUCUCAAAACGAUGGUACAAUUUGUUAACUAAUGACAGGGACUUGAUGACGCGUCACUCAGAAUUGUCUAAGCGAAAACCUCUGUUAUUGAUCCGGAAAUAUAUUUCGGAUGCAAAUGGGGAAAUGGAUAGAAGCAAAGUCACUAUUGAAUUGACCUCUAUAGACAUGGAGGGAAAUAUAACAGAUGAAUUCAGGGAAGUACUUGAUGGCCCUGUUCAUACAUUCAUCUCUUGCUAUCCUUUCAGUGUUUUAUGCUGCAUGUACUCUCUUUAUAUUUGCAAUCCUAGUAUUCGUCAAGUUGUUCGCGUCCCCUAUCCUUCUAAUGCUCGUCUAUACAACAUAGGAUUUGGAUACCUUCCUAAGUCGAACGAGUUCAAAAUUGUGCAUUUGUUGUACCAUUCCUUUGUUAGAGACGGAAAAUUCGGGUGCGAGAUUUUUAGUUUUAAACAUGGUGAGGGAGUCCACUCUGGCUUUUGGAGAACAUUUGGAGAUUAUCCUUGUAGUGCCUGGAUUGAUGGUCACCCUCUAUUCCUGAAUAAAGCUAUAUACUGGGGGCUAAUUGCUACUUCGUGGAACGACAAGUCUGUUCUCUCGUUCAACUUGGAGAAUGAAGAAUUUAGCAUUAUUUCGUAUCCCGUAUCUGAUUCUGAAAAGUACAUCUUCUUGGAAUAUACAGGGAUUAAGGGGUGUUUAUCUUUGGUGGGGUGUUCAGCAGGAACAUCUACCCUGGAUAUUUGGUUGCUGAAGGAUGAGAAGAAGAAGAUUUGGGUGUUGGAAUAUAGUAUUAGUUUCUCUCCCUUAAAUGUUAAGUUUUUGAUUCCUUGUGAUAAUCAGUGCGAAGAAAUAUUGAUCCAUGUGGAGCAAAGCGGGCUCAUUUGUUAUAGUGUCAAGAAUCAAACCUGUAGAAGGAUUGAAUACAGCAGAGCCAUGAAGAAUUUCAAUAAGCCAUGUCUUUACUACGAUAGCCUUAUUCCUCUACGCUCUGUGACACGUCUUGAAUAG